GAUCGAUUUUUACCGAUUGCAAAUGUUAACCGUAUCAUGAAGGCAGCAUUACCCAAAGUAGGAAAGAUUGCCAAAGAUGCCAAAGAAUGCGUCCAGGAGUGUGUGUCAGAAUUUGUUAGCUUUAUUACUAGCGAAGCGAGUGAUAGAUGUCAACAAGAAAAAAGAAAAACAAUAAAUGGUGAAGAUAUCUUAUUUGCAAUGUCUAGUUUGGGUUUCGAUAAUUAUAUUGAGCCAUUGAAAAUGUACCUAACAAAAUAUAGAGAGGUUUGCUUCAACUACUUUACGAAUUGA